GUCAUCGCGGCUAGCCUUGGGCAAGUAUAACGUCGUGCAUUUUUCUCCGAAAGAGUUUACGGGAAAGAAGUGUCAGUUUAUUGAUAUCCCUUAUGCUAAAACUAUUUUCGACAUUUAUAGAGUGUUGUAAAAAAGUAACCAUAUCAGAGUCCCAAGGACUUUGCUUCAAAACAUCAAGAAGAGCGAAAGAAGGGAAACAUUCGCAUAUUUCAUCGCUAUUGCCGUUAACUUCUUUUGAGAUGAUUGUUGGAGGACAUGGAGACGUCAACCCCAAUAGUUCUUGGUUAAAUGGAAAAGGCUUCUGGCUUUCUUACGGGCUUGCUGUUUUACUACUCCACUUGAUCUUGCUAUGCCUUCCAUUCAUCUCUACAGCAGUUGCUUGGACACUUACGAACCUCAUCCACAAUUUGUUCAUGUUGAUAUUCCUGCACAUAGUCAAAGGAGCACCAUUUGAACCUCUUGAUCAGGGGAAAACUCGUUCUCUAACACAUUGGGAGCAAAUAGAUUAUGGAAAGCGUUUUACAGUCACGCGCAAAUUUCUAACGGUCGUGCCCGUCAUACUGUUCGUCUUAACCAGCUUUUAUACCAAGUAUGACACGACUCACUUUAUUAUUAAUAUAAUGGCCCUGAUUGCUGUUCUGCUCCCGAAACUACCCCAUUUUCAUCGAGUCUGGCUGUUCGACUCGAACGAUCAUUCUUAUUGAAAACGAAAAAGCAUGCCUAAAUACCAGUUCGGCAUUAAUGCCGCAUCGUAUCGUUUAGAUUUCAUUGUACAUAGAUGCAUGAAGUGACAUAUCGCGUCAUCAGUACUAUCACUAUUUAUAACAAAACCCCUGAAUAGUGCUACUCUGACUUAUCGGAUGUCGUGUUAGAUCUAUUUGCUAUAUUUCUCCAUCAAAUUAAAAAAAAUUCUUUUGUUAAUUUGCGCUUCUCUCCUCGCAGACUUGUUGUCGUUCAUUCGGUGUAUUGCGUGGCGAUCGUUUUUCUGGGUGUUAGCAUAUUCGCGUUGUAAGAUUUCGGGUUUGUAUCAUAUUAUAAUACCCUUCAUUUCUAACUAGAACUCAGCUAGCGAAUCCGAAAUAAGGUAUUGCUUAUAGUAUAAGAGAAAAAAGAAUUUGCCUAAUUAACCAAUUAUUGCUGUCUAAUAAAUACUUCUGAAGAGCAA